AAAAACUGCUGUUGUCAUCAGCAAUUCUUUUCUCGUCAUUGCUCCUGAAGAACCUUACAAAAAGACAACCACAUAAAGACAAUUAAGCAUCUGUUCUUCAUCUGAGGGAUUUGACCGGAUCAAGAUGCUGCUGAUCAUUGAAGCUCUUCUUCUCAUUUCAUCUGCUCUAGGACGGGAUCACAGAGAUGACGACAAUACAUAUACACUGAAUAUGGCACCGCAAUCUGUCGAUGAUCAAUAUAAGGGCUGUAAAGAGAACAUGAAAAAGGACGUGGAGACAAAGUAUCUGAAGAAUGAACUCGAUACUUCACCCACUUUUAAUGCAGCUUGGAAAAAAGUAAAAGUCGAACCCCCAUAUGAUAUCUUGUCAAAGGAUCAUAAAAUCGCCAUUUAUGUGUACAGUGAUGCCAGUGUAUACAACGACUUCAAUUCUGACACUCGUAGUGGUAAAGAACAGUACAAAAACAAAAAAUACAAAUGGUAUUCACUUUACUUUCUGUUAACUGAUGCGAUACAGAUUCUGAAGAGCAAAACAGAACAAGAAAAUAAAUGUUAUUCAACUUGUCGUCGCACUAAAGUUAAAUUCAAUGAGAAUGCUCUGAACACAGAGGUUCGUUUCGGCUCGCUUGCAUCUUCCUCUCCUUGUCCUAAGAAAAAAAUUUUUGGAGAUGAAUCUUGUUUUGAGAUCUACACUUGUGAAGGUGCUGAUGUGUCAAAAUAUUCUAAGCUUCCUGAAGAGAAAGAGGUGCUGAUUCCUCCAUAUGAGAAGUUUAAAGUCAAGGCUGUCAAGAAAAGGAAAGAUUACAAAGAUCUCUGGUGUGAGACUGUGUUUGUGUUGAACACCACUGGAACAAUAAGUAACCUGAACUGUGCGGUUGCACAAAAGGACAAAGCCAAUCUUUAAAACUUUAUUCAUAUUAAAAGGUGCUUCUGUUAAUUAUAAGAUUUAAUAGAUUGAUUAAUUCUAAAUAAUAAUCAAGCUUUAAAAGGUUUAAGUUAAAAAAAAAAAAAGAAAAAAAAAUUGAAGCUUUGUACUGAUAAGGGCAUCAGUUUGGUAACAAAAAUGUUUUCAAAAAAUAACAAUUUUGUACAAAACAGUCAUUUGCUGUGUUUAUCAAAAUAAUUUUUAAAAUAAACUUUACCAUUUUUUACAUGUAA